GACGGGCACCGGCGCCCUGCACGCGACACCAGCGCCGCCCCGCCGCCCACCGAGCUCCGCAGAGACCUGCGCACUGAAGCCGAGCCGGGUGGAAAUUAAUGAACCCGACUGCUCAUCUCCGACACCGGUGAGGUCUCCCCCAGAGAUCAGUAACGGCGAGGAACGCGAACACCGGUCGAGCCGCGAAUGGACCACCGGACCCUACUGACCGGAAUUAAGUUAAGACUGUAGCCCGGGGUCGUUACCGAUUCAGCGCGCCGGGACCGGACGUCCGAUUCUCAUGUAAAUCGGGGCGUCGCGCAAUUAUUUUUCCCACUUGUCGGCGGCGGCCGGGGGCAGGUCUCGCGGUGCGGUGGCAUCCCCUCCCCGCGGCGGGCGCGUCAGUGCGUCCUCCUCGGUGCUCCCGUGGGAUCUGGCCCGAGUGACCAGUGCCUAGCUGGCCGCGCGGCCGGUCAGUGAUGCGCGCGUCGCCGCCUAUGGAUGGACCACUGGAUAGCGUGCCAGUUCCUCGGCGGCGGGCAGGCCCAGCCGCAAGCGCAUCGCCAGCCGCCUCCGCAGCAGCAGCCGCCGCAGCACCACCACCCGCUGCAGCUGACGCCGCUGGCCGGACACGCGCACCGCCUCCUCCAGCCCCCGGGGGCGGCGCGACAACACGUGUCUGCGAUGCUGCCGCCGCCGCUGCCGCCGCAGUUUCCCUGGCACGUGACCCAGCCGCCGCCCUGGCACUUCGUAUACCAGGACUCGGACUCCAAGAAGUGCGAGAAGAAGGAGAUUCCGGGUCCUCCCUUGCAAACAGCUAGCAUGAGUGUGAGGGCGCUGAUUGAAGAGAAGAUAAUUCAGAAGAGAAUAGUGCAGCCACCUAAUAACGCAACGCAGCAGCAGCAGCAACAACAGCAACAGCAGCAGCAGCAACAACAGAAUCAACAACAGCAACAGCAACAACAACAACAACAACAACUGCAGCAACAACAGCACCAACAACAGCAGCAGCAACAGCACCAACAGCAGCAGCAACAACAGCAACAGCAGAAACAGCAGCAACAAUCGCCCUCCACAGGCUACACAAGUAGCGGUGCGGGUUCCGGGACGGAGGCCAUGAGCGGUUCGCAGCAGCAGCAGCAGCAGCAACAGCUGGCGGCGGCUUCUCCGGCCGCCUCGCCCUCGGCCGGCGCUAAAGACGGCGGCGACCUGGCCAAGCAGUUGACGGCGUCGUUCGCGGUGCCGGCGCCGCCGCUGCAGCCGUCUGCCGCCCCCGCACCGGUCGCCAGCGCCGCCUCCGACAAGCUGUCCCGCAGGCACUCCGACUCCGAGCACUUCGUUACGCUUCACCAGCAGCAUGACGCCAACGCGGAGAAUGCGGCGCUGGCCGAACUGCUGCUGCAAAGGCGGUCGUCCGGAACCCCUACCUCCAAGGCGACGGUGAAGCGCGCUGCGUCGGAUCCGGGGCAGACGUUACAACUGACGUUCCAAGAGGGUGGCAACUGCAACUACCUGGCGUACGACGCCACAUCCGCCGGCGCCGACGACGCCGGAUACUUCUCACCUUCGCUGCAGGACGACAUGUUCCAGCACGUCUCCGUCAACGACACCAUGCUGUUGCAAGGUGUCGACACGGCGCAUCUGGCGGACACUAUACAGUUCCAGGCAGCAUCUCUGCUCCAAGAGCAGACAACAGCAGAGCAGUUGCAGGACAUUGCAUCCCUUGAGGACUACCAGGCAGCCGUCCAAAACCCUGCACAUUUCCAUCAGCAAAGUCAGCACUCUGUCCAUUCAGCUGAUCUACAGGCUGUUCUCAAUUCUCCUCUGCCUGUGAGCCUUGCUGACUUUGGUGCUUACAGUCAGCAGGCGAUAGUGACAUCAUGCUCCCCAUUGCCGAAGGAUCUUUCAUACCACGGUAGCACAGGAUCAGCAUCAGCAGCACAGUCACCUCUGCAUCAUCCUCAUAGUGGUGGCGGCAGCAAUGGAACCGGGCCAGCUGGUACUGGGUGUGGCUCAUCCCAGUAUGCUAGCUCUCCUCUAGCAGCAGCAGGUGCAGGCACUGUGCAUUCACCACUACCAUCUCCUCUCACGCAGCAUGAUUCCCCGAGCUUCACAUAUCCGACUCCACCUGCCAGCCAGGAGGGGCAGUCGCCAUCUUUCGGCCACAGUCACGGGUCACUGGUAACGAGCUCAUUGCCACUCUCUUCACCUCACCAACAACAGACAUCUGACUUUGUACAGUCAGUCAUUGCACAUGGAGGUCACGUUCCUCGGGUUUCGUCACCACUUUCGGCAGCUUUCUACACAUCUACUAUGUCGAGCUCAGCUGCUGUUGAAGCUGCUCUUUCAGAAGUAUUGCCUGGUGAAAGUGUGCAACAAGGAGCUUGCCUAACAAGUGGUACUUCAUUGCGCACAUCUUCCCUCGGGCUGUAUCAGUCUCUCGUUAACCCAUCACCUCCGCCACAAUCUCCUCUGUCAGCGACUACACCUGUUCCGUCCCCACUUUCUCUUUCCAGUGUGCCCGCAUCAUCAUCAUCAGUAUCAUCUCCGCUGCCUCCUUCCGCUUACACUCCCACCCAAAAUACACAGAUAUCUUUCCCCUUAUCACCUCAUCAUACCCUUCAGUCGCAGAUGAUGCCAAACUCUGAAGAUCCACUUCUCUCCAGCAGCCCGAAAGACUUUGGGAGUAGAAAGAGGUUUGAAUUUGUCAGUGGUGGUCUGCAUCAUUCAGCCAAACUUGUCAGCAAUGGUACUUCAGAUUUUACCGCGGGGAAUCCUUCCAAUGGACAAGUGACAGGAAUUGUGGUGGACAGUAACGGUGAACUUAGAUUUGUACAAACUUCAGGUGGUCAGUAUCACAGCCAAACAAAGUGUGGGACAAUAACUGGAAGUGGUGCUGUAGUUAAUACAAACAUGACUGUGAUGGGUAAUGGUGGAACAACUACAGUGUACAGGAAGACAGAGUUGGAAGUGAAUAAAGUGCGAGUGCCAACAAAGUGUGCUAGUGUCUCGAACAUGGGUCAUCAAAAUCACUAUCAAGCGCGUACCAAUGCUCAAAGAUCUAGACUGCAUGUUGCACUUGAUGCUGUUAAGGAAGAAGUUGACGAUGAUGUUUUUCUUAGCCCCACUAGUGUUCCAGCAAGUCCAGUUCGUAUGGUUCGUAAACGGAUGCGACCAGAAGCACUUGUGCAAAAUAGUCCACCGAUUCAUAUGCCAUUGUCAACUUACCAAUCGCGGCUGAGGGCACCACGGGUGUCGCAGUGUGGCAAUUCACCAUCAUCGGCUCCUUCGUCUCUGCCAUACACUCCUGCACCCAUGCUCAGCCCAACACGACCUGGCCAGGGUCUGUACUGGCAGAUUACUGCAGCAUCUGCAUGGCCUUCUUCAACAACACUUGGUAGUACUAAAAGUGGCAGUGGUGGAGACUCGCAGAGCUCAGAGGAAAGUCAGCAGGGACUGCCAGCAGUCAGUAGUGACAAUGCCCCAGAAUCUGAUGUCACUCCCCAUAUUAACAUUGGUUCACAGUUCCAAUGCACUAUUCCUUCAUGGAAUCCUGACAGGGAAAAAGCAAGCAGUGAACCUUCCCAUGAACAUUUGUUAUGGGAUCCUGGAAUCAGUUCAGUCUGUACUGAUGCUGAAGUUGAAAUGUACCUUGAGUUUGCCUGCUGUGCUGCAGUGCCAGGUGGUGGUCGUAAUAAGGAGUAUGCACUUCAUUUGCUUCAUAUGUGUAAUGGAAAUAUCCAUGAGGCAAUGCUGAAACUAAUGCAGCCAACACCAGCCUUACCUUCUGGACACCCACUUCUUGCAUACGAUUACAAUGAAAGUGACCGAUGGAGUGCAGAAGAACUUGAUAUGUUCCAUCAAGGACUGAUUAAGUAUGACAAGGACUUCAAAAGCAUAGCAAAUGAGAUUGGCUCAAAAUCUUUAAAACAGUGCAUCCAGUUUUACUAUUUGUGGAAGAAGGUGUGCCCUGAAGAGUACAAACGGAUGCGCCUAGCAAGGCGUAGACAAAAUUCGGAUUACAAUGGACGAGUUGAUAUGGAGUUUGAAGAUAUUAGGGCGGAAGACUCGCGGAACAGUAUUCCUGCCAAUGAUGUAGAGUUAGUAUCAACAAGUUCUGAAAGUCGGCUAUUUGUCUGUGAAUAUCCUGAUUGUUCAGCUAGCUUCAACUCUCGUGCAGCACUGAAUGGCCACAUUAGAAUACACGGCGGUGGAGUCUGUGGACGUUCUCCUACACCAGACAAACGACCAUCUGCCAGCACCCCUCCUACACUUGCAGAUAUACUUGAGGAAUUUCCCUGCAAGAUUUGUGGGAAAGUUUUCAAUAAAGUCAAAAGUCGUAGUGCUCACAUGAAGUCUCAUCGUCCUCCGGAUGCUGAGCCGAAGAAGCCUAAGCUAGAUACUAACAAGAUGGAAGCUGCUGAACAUCUUUUAGUUCGGUCACUGGGAGUAACUACAUCAAUCGGUCUUGGGAGACACACCUGAGCCGUAACUGUUAUGCAGUACAAUCAUGAGGUGUCAAACAGAAGAAAUAAUAGUUCACCCACAAGUAAUUUUCAACAAUUGUAUAUGGAUUGAACAGUAUCAUCAUGUAACAAAUGUUAAAAUUCUUGUAUAUAUAUCUUUCAGAUACUUUUAUACAGCUGAAUGAAUACACUCUCUUGCAAACACACACACACACACACACACACACACACUCACACACAUUUCUAAAUAAAUUAUGUUUCAUGCUUUACAGGUUUUCCAGAUCCAUUGUUUAAAUCCUUCCCACCAACUGUAAAUAAACUAUGUUAUUUGUAAAGAGUCUUAUCUUGUUUUUAAAAUGGAUAGUCAGAUUUUCUGCAGCUGGCAAAGUAAUAAUUACCACACAAGCUUAAGGUAAAUACUUAAUUACUUUGUGGGUGAGCUAAUCUACAGUAAUAUUUUGCAUAAUAUGAACUGGAGCAAUAGUGAAUGGUUUAUCUUCUGUAAAUAUUAUUUAUUAUUGGGCUUAAUAUUGAUAUAUUGUUGAAAAGAUAAAUGUAAAAUUGAUGUUUUAUUGGAUUUCAUGGUACACAUCAGGGUUAUAUUCAUGCAACUAGCAUUAAGUAACAUAUCAACAAAAAAGCAAUUGAAGUGACAUUCCUAGAAGUGUACUUAGGAAAUAAUGUAUUGUGCCAUUUUGGGAUUGGCAGUGCUGUGAAGUGUCCACUUCUGAAACAAAACUCGAAAGUGAGUGGUCAAAUACAUAGUUCUGUUUUCCUAUACAAACCAGUAUAGAGCAAGGGAGAAGGCUCCAAGUGGAACAUCGUAUAGUGAGUGGAAUUACAUAACAUAAAAUGUGCUCAAUGAUCGAUAAUCUUUUUGUCUUUCUUCUUCAUUGUCUGCUUUGUUUCCAUUAGAAUUUCGUAUGCCAAAAUAAGACAAAUAAUGUACAAUGUGUCUUGCCUUGUCACUGUGUUCUCAUGUUUUUGGCAUUUAUUUCUAAGUUCUCUGUAUUCAGUGUGAGAAGACCAAUACUCAUGCAUUACAUAAAGUAUAGUAGCAAAAAAAAGAAAGAAAGAAAGAAAAAAAAUUAAAACUGUGAAGCCUCAUUACAUGCAUCAGUGUGCUUCAAUUCUGUAUAAAUGCAUAAGAGACGAUAUUAUUUCACAGGACCGCUGAAAGAAAUGGCCAAUAAGCCAAACAUAAUUUAUUAACUCCGGUGCAAGGCACGUGAAGCCUUGAAUGACAGUAUUAUCUUUAAAAACUAGUGUAGUGUUUGGGUUCUUAAUACUCUUCGCCUAAUCUGCUUUGUUUGAAAUUAUGGCAGCUAGUUCUGAUUACUGAACUUGUGUGUGUUGUUCUGUUGUUACAGUUGGAAAGGAAAGUGAAGAUAACAUGAUCAUUGUUCUGUUCUUAUGUUCACUAUUUUUUAAUCUUUUAUAUACUAAAGUGCAGAGCAAUUUGCUGUACUGUGUAAAGAAAAGUGCCUUGUGACUGGGGAAAUGCAAUCACAGAGAGGGGAUAAGGUACAAGGUUAUUGUCAUAAAAUGUUUUCCACACAUGGCAGCAGGUAAUUGUACUUAUGAAAGCAAUAGACUAUAUAAUAUGUAUGUGUGUUCUGAAUGCAUGGUUGUUAGAAUAUAUGUGUGUGUUUUUAUAUUCAGUAUGUUCCACAAGUUCCUUAACUUUCAAACUGCAGAUGUUUAAGAAAUAUUAAAUAAUGACCUAUGGUAUUCUUCUGUUUUAUACAUGUGUUUAUCAAGAGGUUUAUUCCCAGUUUGGACGUUUCUAAUCACUUUUUAACUAUGUUAUACAUCAUGAUGUAUUAAAGUUUUAAAAUAAU